GGACUACAGACUUCCCUUUUGUAGUUCCUAGGUUCAAAAGUGACUUGAUGUCAGGUAGAAAAACUGCAGUAUGAUUCCCUGAAAUACAUCAAUGUUCGCGAUGGUUUGAGCGAGCUACGAUAGCUAAUUCUGUUUUCAACUUGUUCGCUACCUACAUUAUGUUAAAAUAUUUCAUUCUAACGGUAAUCUCUGCAUCUAUUGUCUUUCUGAGCGUACACUAUGAUUUAGAUAGUAUUUAUGAAAAUACAGUGUCCCUCUUAUUUUCGGUCGGAAGACGCAAAGAAGAAGUACGCCUUUUGGGAGAAAACGAUCUUUCGUUGUAUAACGGCGAAUCGGACAGCAACGGACUUUACCUUUCAGUACUGGGACAGGUGUUUGAUGUUAGUCGAGGGCGGGAGCACUAUGGACCAGGUGGUGGUUACCAUUUGUUUGCAGGUAAAGAUGCGUCACGUGCCUUUGUGACAGGGGAUUUUUCAGAAACUGGACAAACAGAUGACCUAUCUGGUCUCUCCCCUGAACAGAUAGUGGCUCUGUUCGACUGGCUGGCCUUUUAUCAGAAGGAAUAUAAACCAGUAGGCAGGCUGAUUGGACGAUACUACAGCGAGAACGGGGAGCCCACAACAGCAUUACGGGAGGUUGAGGAGAUUCUGGCGGAAGGACUGAAACUCAAGGCUGAGGCUGAGGCUCAGAACAAACGCUUCCCUUCCUGUAACUCCGCUUGGAGUGAUGCCAGCAGUGGAAGGGUGUGGUGCUCCACAAUGAGUGGCGGGGUGCACAGGAGCUGGGUUGGUGUCCCCAGGAAACUUUUUUCCCCCGGAAGCAGUGGCUUCCGCUGCGUGUGUGUACAGAGCGAAGACCCGACAGCGCUGAACAGCCCCCUUCUAAAGGAAUAUGAGGACUGCCCCUCCCUCGCAGAGUCCUGCCCUGUCAACACCUUGUGAACAUGUACACCCCUCGUAUUCAAGCACAGCUUUGAAUAAGAGACUAUGGAUUGGUGUUUCCUAAACUCACAGCAAAGUGCUCCCGUGUGUGUGCUGGAUUUUCAAGACCUACAUUUAUGCACUUCCCAUAAUUACAUCCUGAAACCAGUUUGAACAGAAUACUUACUUGGAAUGUUGUCAUUUGCUUUAUCUUUGAAAUAUUUAUUUUAAAGUUUGGUUUCAGUGUCCAUACUUUCAGGAUUUAGGGCCAACAAUGAUUUUUGUGACAUGAUAUUGAUACCUUUAAAAUUUUUCUAAUCAGA